CGCUUCUGUGCCCUGAUAUCUUCUAGCUUUCCUAUAAUAGGCCAGUCUUAAUCCGUUCUUUGUCGCCUUCCUACCAACUUACGUUCGCACAAAAAGGGCCAAGCUGCAUAAUAUAGGUAUAGCGUUGGUUUAUAUAUGGCGCGGCAGUUCAAGGCCUAGGACUUGAGCAGAUAGGAGGUUCGCGUCCCAAUGCGUCGACGGUUCUUCACCCGGCCAAAGAUAAGGAAAGACUAGACAGCAUUACACGCCCUUAUGAUAUCUUUAGAACACGACAGCCAAGCAAACAAGCCAUUGCGGGGGCGACCUUCGACCAAUGGCGUCAAUGGAAAUGCAGCAGCCCCGAGCUCUAGGCGUGUAAGCAUGGCACAAACAGCAGGAGCCAUUGUUCCCGCGCCAGGAAUGCCCGUGAGACCAUUGGCAUUCGGCCAUAGCCAAGGCCUGCAGGGUGCAGCGCCACGGUUGCAACCUGGCGUUGCGGAGGCUUUAGCGGCCUUAGGAGGUCCGUCAAACAGGCCACCCCUGGUGUACACGGGCGAUGCUGCUGCCAGCCUCGCCGCCCUGCGCCAGGACAUCACCUCCACCUACCACAGCCUCUGCCGCGUGGUGGGGGAGGCGCCUCGCGCAGACCUCCUCAGCGGCGCCCUCCCAGCAGCAGCCGCUCUAGGCGUCAACCUGCCCAUGCCGCCGCCGUCAUCCGCGCCCGUCCUACCCGCACUCGGCCGCCUGCCAGGCAUCCCAGCAGGAGGCGGUCGUGGUGUACACCAGCCCCUGCUCUUGCCGCCACCUCCAACCGGCCUCCCCAGCUCCUCCCAGGUGCACAGCGAGGGAGGUAUGGCCAUGGGCGCCGGCUUGGGCUCCGUCCUGGGGAUCGAGUCCGUCGGUUCGGGCGCCGCUGUGCCGCUUCGAAGCAGCGGCGGCAGCAGCAACAGCAGCAGCGGUGGAGGCGCGCUGCGCACCCUGAACCUGGCAGGCCACGUAGGGGGCCUGCGCUCGCUGUCCGCGGGGCACGUGAGCCCCUACGCGCUCCAGCAGCCGCAGCUGGGCAGCCCAUGGAGGUCGGGGGCGGGGGCCGGGGGGCAGCAGGGGUGGCCGCUGGGGCGCCCCUCCGCGCCGCUGCUGGCCGGGCAGGGUGCUGUUACUGCGCGAGGGGGGCCGCGGGUGACCGCGCUGUCGGGGUUCUCUCGGCCGCAGGACACCGCUAGCGACUUCCUGGGCGAGGAAAGCGCACUGGUGUACCCCCCGCCGGGACGCAGCUUCGGAGGCGGCGUCGGCUCCGCGGCGCGCGGCGCCGGCGCGGGCCGCUGGGGCUUCCGCGGCGGCGGCGGCGGCUCGGCACCGGGAGCUACUGCCGCCCUGAUCGACCCCAUGGACGACCUGCGGUUCCGAAGCGGCAGCAGCAAGGCCAUCGCUGCGGACCCACUGGAGGGCCUGCCUGCGUUGGGUGCGCCAGGGCGGCGGCCCGAGGGUGACCAGCUGGAGAGCUUCUUACGGGACUUUGCGCGCGAGCGGUCCAAACCACUACCGGGCGAAUCCGCGGACGGGAAGGCUAACCGCUACAGGAUGCCAUUCUAGCUGGCCGCGCCUGUAGCACCAGGUUUGAAGCUUUGAGAGACACGGCUUGCCCUGCAACCAUCAGGCGUGUCGGCAGGCCCGUCAUGGCAGCAGGUUAUGGACGUCCGUCUAGCGCCGAUCAUGGGCUGAAACACCUGCCAUGUAUGUUGUUGAUGCCGUUGGCAGUUGGGCAUUGGAGCGACGCAUGAGCAUUUUACAAAGAACUCAAUCGUGGAGUGCUGAUACGACAUGCUGGCGGCGAGGUGCGACACGUCAGCGGUUGAACGUUGCACAUCGCCUGCCGUUUAGUGAUAGGUCGUUGGUUUGGUUGCUGUGGCACAUUUGCACUGGAUGCCAGACAACCAUGAUGCCCCAUUGACUACCGGUAGGUAAGACGGGUGGCAUGGAAGGUGUGGCCCUCUUAACUUGGCACACUUAUUCAGUCAUACAAAUGGCCGUAUAUCAAUGUUGAAGGCUGGUGUUGGGUGAUCGCGCGAUCCAUUCUUGUACUCGGUGAAGGAUAUGGCGAGAAACCUAUCGAAUGUUGAUACUUAUCGUAUACCCACAGUGUGUGUUGGGCUAUAAACUUUCUUGCAUACUACGCUGCCUGAUCUGCCGUGCAACCACCAUGCUGUUUACGUAUGGGUGCGUGCAGACGGUAGCUUUCUCUCUACAUGCAUGCUUGUCAUCACCCUUGCUCCCAGCGCCCCCCUGGACUGCUCAGUCGCUUAUGGGCUGUCACUCCUGCGCGGGUUCCACUGUGUUGGGUGUUGUGAUUCCAGGGAGGGUAGAUACUCGUGAGCUGGUAACCUUCUGCCUUGUCACGCUCUGUGUAUGAGUGGCUGCUGAUGGCCAAGUCGCCAGAUGUUGUCGGCCUCAAUCCAGUGAAGCAGUGGCAGUGACCUACAGUGUCGUACUAAUGUUGCCAAAAGGUGCGCAAAAUUUGAAGUAAGCACUACAUGCAUCUGGGUACCGACUGCCAGGCUUGUUUACUCCUGUAAACACAGUUGUUCG